AUGGCACCAAGACCAGUCAAUGUUCGCGUGGUUACAAUGGAUUCGGAACUUGAAUUUGCCAUACAACCGAAUACCACUGGCAAACAACUAUUCGAUCAAGUUGUUAAAACGAUUAACCUUCGUGAAAUUUGGUUUUUCGGUUUGUUAUUUACAGAUUCGAAAGAUUUUCCUUGUUGGUUGAAAUUGAACAAAAAAGUUCUUAGUCAAGAUCUUAAGAAAACACAUGAUCAACCAUUGUCAUUUAAAUUUCGUGCACGUUUCUAUCCUGAAGAAGUCUCCGAAGAACUUAUACAAGAUACUACUCAAAAACUCUUCUUUCUUCAAGUUAAAGAUUCAGUUCUUAGCGAUGAAAUCUAUUGUCCACCUGAAACAUGCAUUCUCCUCGCAUCCUAUGCCAUGCAAGCUAAACAUGGAGAUUAUAAUGAAAGUGUUCAUCGUCCAGGAACAUUACAGAACGAACGGCUUUUACCAAGACGAGUUAUGGAUCAAUAUCAAUUGUCAAUUGAUGAAUGGGUGAAACGUGUAGUGAACUGGUGGAAAGAGCACAGAGGUUUAGUAAAGGAAGAUGCUAUGCUUGAAUAUCUAAAAGUUGCUCAGGAUCUUGAAAUGUAUGGUGUUAAUUAUUUUGAUAUUAAGAAUAAAAAAGGCACUGAACUUUACCUUGGUGUCGAUGCGCUUGGUCUUAAUAUUUACGAUAAAAAAGACAAAUUAACACCGAAAAUAGGAUUUCCAUGGAGCGAAAUACAGAAUAUAUCGUUCAAUGAUAAGAAAUUCGUUAUAAAACCGAUGGAGAAGAAGUCUCCUCCUUUUAUUUUCUAUGCACCAAGAUUGCGCAUCAAUCGACGAAUUCUCUCGCUAUGUAUGGGUAAUCAUGAAUUAUACAUGCGCCGUCGAAAGCCCGAUCCGAUUGAUAUUCAAGAAAUGAAAGAAAAAGCAAACGAAGAAAGAGCAAUACGACAACGAGAACGCGAACGAGUUCAACGUGAAGCUGAACUUCGUCGGCAAGCUGAAAACGAUCGUGAAGAAAUGGGAAAACGAGUGCAGGAUCUGGAGAGAACGACAGAUGCUGCCAGACGAGAAAAACCGCCCCGAUUGUUUUUAAAAACAUCUGAUGAGGAAGAACCAAUCGAAGAGCAAAAUCAUAUGGCAAGAGAAUUAGAAGAAAAACGUCGAGAGGCCGAAAAUGCCGAACUUCGUUUGAAACAAGAACGCGAAGAAGCAGAACGAGAACAUCAAAGAAUGAUGGAUCGAAUCAACUAUGAACAAGAAGAGAGAGAAAAAAUCGUUCAAGAUAUCGAAAAAGUUCGUAUCUUAGCCGAGGAAAACGCCCAAGAGGCUCAACAAAAAGAGACUGAAGCAAGUCAACUCGAACAAGAGCUACGCGAAGCAAACAAAAGAGUUCUCGAUGCGAAAGAAAACAGCAAUGACAAUGGUCAUUUUGAUCGCGAAUACACCAGCCAUCUUAUAGAAGCCCCCGAAAGCGACGAUGAAGAAAACAGUACAACAAGUCCUUACGGCCAUGGAGUGGAGUUGUAUACGGAUGCGAGCGCACCACGUCACGAAGAAAAUCGUGUCAGUGUAGCGAAUCGUAAUCAAGAUAUCAAACGCAGACUUCAAGAAGAACGAAAUGAUCUCGGUCGACGACAACAAAGAGAAGAUACUCACGAAGAUAAAAUCUACCGAGAAAACAUCGCCGACAAAGGUAUCGACAAAUACAAGACAUUGAAGAAGAUUCGCGAAGGAACUGUUAAACGCCGUAUUGAUGAAUUCGAAGCGAUGUGA